ACAGCUGAUCUGAUCCCCCAUCCUCCCCGUCCAACCCCCGAGAUUUGCUUCUUCGGAUCCAUAUCCAAACCUCCUCUUCGGCUCCCUCCAACCCUUUCACGAAUUUCGCAGGGGGCGUAUGGUUCAAUAAUUAGUUUUUUUUGGGCAGCUUCUCGUCUGAUUUUGUUCCUGGUGACUGAAAGCAGCAGAGAAGCAGAUAGGCUCGCGGUGAGCCAUGGGAGAAGGCGGAGACGGGAGGUCCUUCAAUUUUCUUCAAGUUCUGUUUGAGGGUGUAAUAGCUGGAGGUGCUGCCGGUGUUGUUGUUGAGACAGCUCUGUAUCCUAUUGAUACAAUAAAAACCAGGCUUCAGGCUGCGAAAGGUGGAAGUAAAAUUCAAUGGAAAGGCUUGUAUGCUGGGUUAGGUGGAAAUAUUGCUGGUGUUCUCCCGGCUUCUGCAAUCUUUAUAGGAGUGUAUGAACCAACCAAAAGAAAACUGCUAGAAAUGUUUCCUGAAAAUUUGAGUGCUGUGGCUCAUUUGACUGCAGGGGCAAUUGGAGGUGCUGCAUCUUCUCUUAUUCGUGUUCCCACAGAGGUGGUUAAACAAAGGAUGCAAAUGAGUCAAUUCAAGACUGCACCUGAUGCUGUUCGCCUUAUUAUCCGUAAAGAAGGAUUCAAAGGUCUUUAUGCUGGCUAUGGUUCCUUUCUGUUGCGAGAUCUACCAUUUGAUGCUAUUCAGUUUUGCAUAUAUGAGCAACUUCGAAUAGGCUAUAAACUGGCGGCAAAGCGAGACUUGAAAGACGGAGAGAAUGCACUUAUUGGUGCUUUCGCUGGCGCAAUUACUGGGGCUAUAACAACACCCCUCGAUGUUUUGAAGACAAGAUUGAUGGUUCAGGGACAAGCAAACCAAUAUAGGGGAAUCAUAAGCUGUGCUCAAACAAUUCUACGAGAGGAAGGUGCUGGUGCUUUUUUGAAGGGUAUUGAGCCAAGGGUAUUAUGGAUUGGCAUUGGUGGAUCCAUCUUCUUUGGUGUUUUGGAGAAAACGAAGUCAAUUCUAGCUGAGAGGAACAGCCGUAAAGUACGAAUACUAUGAAAGGGGGAUGAUUUUGCGUAGAUGCUGCUAUUUUCCCAGGAUGUCUACUGAUAUGUGUGCUCGAUCAAUUAAUUUUAGGAGCUCCGAUUCACAUCCUUGUCAAUCCCAUCCGAAUCUUGUAUUUUGCUAGAGCAUUACAUGGGGUUAAAGUUAUAAUUUCUGAAUUUCUUUUCGUCUGGCUAGCUUGUUUUGUACUUGAGCUAAAAAGAUAAUUUUCUGGAAGCGAAAUGCUUCUGUUCAAACGGA